AUGGUGCCAUUAACAUAUCAUGAUCAACAUUUUGUGCAUUUAGACGACUCUCAGCAACAAACUACAAUCAAUUCACCUAUACAUCAAUACACAUGUGAGGCAUUAAACCAAUUCAACAGCCAACCUGCGGCAAAAGAACAGUCUCAAAAUAUAGUCACAGUGCCGCGACCAAGCUUUAACAAGAAGGCCCAGAGCUUCUGUACACUGACUCCUCCGAGCUCUAAAGUGGCACAAGAUCCCUAUAACAGGGUUAUGAAAUCAUCAUCAUUAUAUUCCAAAUGUCCAGCAAAACCUUCGAAAGACCUCCACUUGAAAAGUUCCUUUAAUACCUCUUGGAAAUCCUUGGCUUCACCUGUGUCUCACCACAAGCCCCCGACAAUCUCUUCACCCAGCUUUACCAAUGCUUCAGUGCUGGAACCCAGUCAAUUAGCUCUGAGAUCAAGAUUAUCGCUCCCAAAGCCUCAGACAUCAUCAAGUAUUGACCCUUGCUGGGAAUCACCUUCAUCUGAGUCUACUCAAAGAGUCUCAACACUAUCGCCAUCUACCCUUCAACAUCAAGAAACACCUUCCCUAAAUGUCAUCUGGACUUCACCUUCUCUGGACUUGAGUCCAAGUGAACCUACCUUAACAUUAGGUUCAUCUAAAUCACAGAAGGAACCCUUACUGGACUGUGUUUGGUCAUCUUUAUUAGAAUCCAAUCAAAAAGUUUUGAGCUCACCACAACUCAGUCACAAGCUUCAACAAAAUGACUCUCCUCCAACUUCAUCUUCUUUGGAGUCCAAUCAAAUGUCUCAGAAUUCACCAUUGUCUGAACGUAAAGCUUCGAAAAGUCCUGCGUCAAAUUCUAAUAACAAUGUUCUAAGUUUGCCUCUUUCCCAAGCAAAAUCAAGGAAACCACCACAUUCUGUUCAUCCAUCUCCAAGUUUGCCAGCGUGCCAGCCAAAACCUAAAACAAUGCUCAAAUGUGAGCCUAGAACCCGGACCCUCAGCUCACCUGCUUGUCACAACAAAGUCCAGAGUACUGCCACACUCAAAGACAAAUGCAGAGCCCGUCCCCUAUCAUCAGUUCCUCCUAAGCCAAAUAUCUCAGGCCAAAGAGUAUCAAGUCCCAAACCCUGCGUCAAGAACAAAAAUGCUUCAAUUCUGAGUUCCAGACUCCAGAGUAAAGGUAGUGUUGAACAAAAGGUAAAACCGCAAACAGAGAAUGAAGUCCCAUGGUCCUUAUAUUAUAGUCAUCCCUGCAUUAUUAAAGGAGGUUCUGUCCCUGUUGAUGUUGUAAAUAAAAUCGUCAAUUCUAUUUCCAAGUCUACAAUCCAGAAGGAUCUCUCUAGGCAAAUUCUCUUUCGAAGAAUGAGGGGAAGGCCAAAUCCUCAUCCUGGUCCCCGCCUUUCGUCAACAUAUACUGUUUGUUUAGAAUGUGCUUCCUGUAUAAAAUCUCAGUGUAGUCAUUUUACAGGAAAGAAAGAUCCUCGGUAUGCCACACUCUUUGUCAUCCCGACACCUGAGAUCAGCUCUGAUGGGAAAAUUGACGUAAAAUUAGUUCUUAUCCUUUCCCUCCCAGAGACUUGUACCUCGUCCUGUUACCAAUUUCCCAUGAAAGAUAAUCAACCUGAUGAUAAUCUAGAAGCCCUCGAUGAUAAUAUUGAAGAAUUAGAGAAGAUAACACAGUUUUUCCCUGCCUCUGAAUCUGAUUUAAUCCAGGGACUCAAGACAAACCAAAAGUGGUUAGCUGUAUCCUCUGAAGACAAAGAUGUAAGUGAAGAGCCCCAAGCUAUUGACUGGCUGCUUUAUGUUAAAAACAGAAAUAGUACUCAGCCUCAAGUCCCAGUUCAAGCCCCAUCCUCAUCUUCAUCUUCUUGCUCAUCCCUUUCCUCUUCUUCUUCCUCCUCUUCCUCUACUGGUUUUCCUUCUCCACAUUCUCCUUGCAAAGACUCCACUCUUGCUCCUCUCUCAGGUUAUGUUGUUACUAGUGUAAGAAGUCACCACCGGUUACCUCCAGGGGUCUCCUGGCUGCAGUUCAUACGGGGUACAAGUUCUGAAACCGCCAAAAGAAGACAUUCACCAACACCGAAAACCAAGCGCGUGAGGACUCGCAACACGAAAUCCAUGAAAAAGGGGAAAAGGGGACCAAACACACUGUUCAGAUAUUUCCAAACGAAGUUCCAAAAUUAG